AUGUCGAAUGAAAUUGCUGCAAACCGCUCGGGGCUCAAGGACUUUAUCUCUUCCAUAGCGACCAUCUCGGGAGAUCUUUCAAAUAUUACUGCGCCGCCUUUUGUACUAGCCGACAACUCAACGGUUGAGAUACCACAGUACUGGGCGGACCAUCCAUAUCUUUGGGCUGCGCCGGCGUUGGAAGAAGAUCCUGAGAAGCGCGCGUUGCUUGUGCUGAAGAACUUUCUGGGCUCAUUACGAGGGCAGCAAUAUGCGGGGCGGAACGAGGAGGAUGGUGUCAAGAAGCCGUUGAACGCUUUUCUUGGCGAGCUCUUUCUCGGCAGCUGGAAUACUGAGGAGCUGGGAGAGACAAGGUUAGUCUCCGAGCAGGUUGGCCAUCAUCCACCAGUAACGGCGUGCUACCUGUGGAAUAACCAAGUUGGCAUCCGAGCUGAAGGAUUCACGGAACAAGAGAUCACCUUCUCAGGAAACGUCAGUAUCAAGCAAAAGGGUUAUGCCCUUGUACAUGUCGACAAAUACAACGAAGACUACCUCCUGCCUUUGCCAAAUAUCAAGGUUAAGGGUCUGUUGGGUGGGGUCCCACAUCCGGAGUUGUACGGUGAAUACUCUCUGAUCUCUUCGAACGGAUACAUAUCGCACAUCAAAUUUGAAGGCAAAUCCUUCUUUGGUUCCGGUCACAAGAAUGGAUUCGAAGCAAGAUUCUUCCACGCAGACCGACCUGAUGAGACAAUCUACACAAUCGAGGGAGCUUGGAACAGCACGUUUACCAUCAAGGACGCGCGGAACGGCUCCGAGGUGGAGACAUUUGACGUUAGGACCAUCAAGCACAUACCCAUGACUGUGCCUGACCUUUCAGAACAAGACCCCUGGGAAAGCAGAAAAGCAUGGAGCGACGUCAUCUCCUCUUUGCAUAAAGGCGACAUGAAGGGCGUCACAACAGCGAAAAACGCAGUCGAAAACGGCCAAAGGCAAAUGCGCAAGGACGAAGAAGCAAAAGGCGAGGAAUUUAAACACAUCUUCUUCAAAAGAGUACCCAACGACCCAGUCUUCGACAAACUAGUCAAGCAUGACCCUCAAGCUUAUACCGUCGACCCCUCGGGCGGCAUAUGGAAAGUCGACAGGGAAGCCGCGGAGCAGCGACAACGCCCGUUCCGCGGCGACCUAACACCUUCAAACCAUAGAGUAGGUGGAGCGCAAAAACAGGGGCAGACGCAAGAGGGUAGGCGAUCAAUUAAUGGCCAAGAUCAGCAGCACAAUGGGGCUGCUGGCGCGGUGGAUGCGGCAACGACGUCUAACGGCAACGCACCGGACGUGCCGGUUCAGGUUGGAGCGCUAAGGAAAUCGGUCGGCGACGCAACGCCUCGUGAAGAACGGCGUCCAGAUUCGGCGGUCGAGAGUAACGGGGAUUCCCGUCGUCAAUCGGCUAACGUAGUCGAGGUUACUGAUCAGAUGGUUGAGAAUUUUUUGAGAGCCAAGACGAGUAACCUGCGCUUGUAG